AUGAAGCAAGUUUUCCUGAUAGCCACGUGUCUCCUGGUCACGUGUCUGGCCAGUCCGGUCAAGGUAAAUGUUGGUGAUGCUUGGUCCGACGCUGCUGGCUAUGAGGAAUGUCAAGAAUUUGUGGAACCUGGUAAGCCUCUUCCCAGAGCUAUUGACGAUAUCUGUGACGUAGACUUGGAGUGCGCAGCAAGAGUGGAAAUGAAUAACACCGACUGUGGUUUUGGAAUAAGGAAAGUUCUGGCAGGAAAGUGGGUAUCAACUCUGGUUGACGAUAGUAACGGAGUGAAAAAGAGUGAAUCUUUCAUGAGGCUCUUCAAGUACAUCUCCGGAGCAAAUUCUGAUGGUGCUAAAAUCGCCAUGACAGCCCCGGUAAUCACCAAGGUCUACUUUGAUGCCAGCUAUAACGAAACCGGUAGUUCCAUGCACUUCUACAUUCCAUCCGCAUUCCAAGCCAACCCCCCAUCUCCUACUAACGCAGAUGUCUACAUUGAGGACUGGGAUGAGGCUGUUGUCUACUACAGGGCUAUCGGAGGCAAGUCAAUGAAUAUCCCGGAGAAGGUAUGGGUUGAGGAGUUCACCAACCUGUAUUCUGCUGUCCAGACGGCCGGACAUAGUUUUUAUCCUUACAUGUCUGUUGUUGGUGGAUUCAGUGGACCCAGAAGCAAAGACGUACGCUUUGAGGUCAUGUACGUUAAGAAUUAAACAUUUUAGAUCCUAUUAUAACACGAGAUGAGUAGA